AUGGCUGUGGGCCACUCACAGUACAGGAGCAAAGAUGUCUGGAAGGCAAAGAGCUUAAGGAGCGCGUUUGGGAUGCAGUGCCUGGCGUCUCUGCACACAGCUCCAGCCUGCGGCUUUGGCAGCUCAAUCCGAGAAGCAGGUUCCAAGACUUACAUAUCUCCAGAGGCGGACAGGGCCCUGUGCAAAUCCCAGGGAGGCAAUAAUUCCCAGGGUCCCAUCUACAAAGUACCGGCUGCCCUUGGAAAGCAGUGUCUGUCAACAAUGACUACUGCGCCCAACCUUGGCUUUGGGUCUGCCAAGAGACCCAGCAUGGCACAGAAGGCCGCAGCCCCCGGCCCUGGAGCCUACAAGCUCAAGCCAGCGCUAGGCAGCCAGUAUGAGUCGACCAAGGCCAGCGCGGCGGUCGUGCAUUUCCCAGGGGCUCAGAGGGAUGCAGCAGAGAAGAUCUUCAUCUCCCUGGAGCAUGAGAAGAGCGGUUUUGGGAAGGAGUCCCCUGGGCCGUCUGCCUACAACGUGGGCAGCAGCCUCCUGAAAAAGGGCUCUUCCCCUCUGACGCUGAAGGGUGGGCCGCGCUUCAGCGACCCGGCCGCCAAGGCGGCGGCCGGGCUGCCCGGCCCCGGGCACUAUUCUUUGCCCGUCUCGGUCGGCCGCCCCCAGCCAGUAUCCACCAGACCCAACAAGCCCAUCGUUGGCUUCCCCAAGGCACAGCGGGACGCCAGCAAAAAGAUGUACAUCUCCCCGGAUCACGAGAAGAGCAACUACGGGGUGGGUUCCCCCGGGCCCGGCACGGCCGCGCCGUCCAGAGGCAUUGGGCGACAGCAGCUGUCCACCCACAGAAGCAUGCCUGCCUGGGGCUUUGGUACCGCCAAGGGAGCCACCAGCAACUUCAGCGACACCCCUGGACCGGGCGAGUACUUUGCAUGA